UACGCAUCACAGUUCGAGCUCAUCUAACUGCCUCGUUAAUUUCAUCUGACAGUUGUUUACAGCGCCUUCUAUCAAAAACUCAAAAACAAACGAUAACCUCUCCGAACUUGACAAACGUCAUUCAUACCCCCACGCUUCUUCAGCAUCAUUCCAAUUGAAAAUCUCGUCAAGCUAACAUCAUCCCUACAGAAUGGCAACAAGCUAUGAAGGUUACAAAUCUCCACUCUCCUCGCGCUAUGCCAGCAAGGAGAUGCAAUUCCAGUUCAGUGAGCAAAAUAAAUUCUCCACCUGGAGAAAGCUAUGGAUUUGGUUGGCCGAAGCAGAAAAGCAACUUGGCUUAGAAAUCACAGAUGCCCAGAUUGAGGAAAUGAAGAAGAACAUCGAGAACAUCGACUUUCCAGCAGCUGCGGCCGAGGAACGUCUCACGCGACAUGACGUAAUGGCACAUGUACAUGUUUUCGCCAAGCAAUGUCCCCUUGCUGCACCCAUUAUCCAUUUGGGAGCCACCUCCUGUUACGUGGGCGAUAAUACUGAUUUAAUUGUUCUGAGGAACUCACUCGACCUUCUGCUUCCUCGGGUAGCUUCGGUUAUCUUCUGUCUAAAGAACUUUGCAGAAUCACACAAGUCCCUUCCAACUCUGGGAUUCACUCACCUUCAACCAGCCCAGCUGACAACAGUAGGCAAACGAGCGUGUCUCUGGAUUCACGAUUUGCUCAUGGAUGAGAGGGCCUUGCGUCGAUGCCGCGAUGACUUGCGAUUCCGUGGAGUGAAGGGAACUACUGGAACACAAGCGUCUUUCAUGCAGCUUUUUAAUGGCGACGGAGAGAAGGUGAGGGCACUUGACUUCCUUGUUACAAAGUUGGCUGGGUUCGAGAAACCCUACGCUGUCACUGGACAAACCUACUCGCGCAAGGUCGACGUUGAAAUUCUCGGAGCACUUUCCAGUUUGGGAACAUCAAUCCACAAGAUGUGCUCCGAUUUGAGGAUUCUUGCGUCGCGCAAGGAAGUCGAAGAGCCAUUCGAGUCAACCCAAAUUGGCUCAUCGGCUAUGCCUUACAAGAGAAACCCAAUGCGCUCCGAGCGCUGCUGUGCCUUGGCCAGACAUAUGAUCACCGUCUAUUCCAACGCUGCGAACACACAUGCCACUCAAUGGCUAGAGAGAACACUCGACGACUCGGCCAAUCGUCGUCUGAGUUUGUCCGAAUCGUUCCUAUCCGCUGAUGCAGCUCUGCUGACGCUCCUCAACAUCUCCCAAGGACUUGUUGUCUACCCAAAGGUUAUCGAACGCCACAUCGCCCAAGAGCUUCCAUUCAUGUCCACAGAAAACAUAAUCAUGGCCAUGGUUAAGGCUGGUGGCGAUCGUCAGAUUUGUCAUGAGAAAAUUCGUGUGCUCUCGCACGAGGCUGGAGCGCAGGUUAAGCAACUCGGCAAGGAUAACGAUUUGGUUGAACGCGUCCGCAAUGAUGCCUACUUCGCUCCAAUUAUCGAUCAACUGGAGACAAUUUUGGAUGCAAAGACAUUCACUGGCAGAGCCAGUGAUCAGGUAACAGAGUUUUUAGCUGAAGAAGUUGAACCCGUCUUGAGUAAUUACAAAGAGGCACUUAAAAAUAUGGAAACUGUUACACUAACUAUUUAGAAAUUUUAUUUAAAAAAAAAAACGUUAAAUUUGUGCAAGUUUAUGAAGCUCGUUAUUGAAUAAAUUGUAUUUUUUCUAACUUUA